UCCUAGAGGACAUGGUCGGCGUCGGGACGAACUUUAGACGGCGGAUCGAGACAUCCUUUGCGUGUCCUCUGUGCGAGGGCACCCUCUGCCAACCGGUGACCACCGGUUGUGGUCAUACGUACUGUAGGAACUGCGUGGACCCGUCGAAGAACUGUCGCGUGUGCGGGGUGAAAAUUACUAUUGUGAGUGAAACGAAUGUGCUAGUGCAAAGACUCGUGGAGAGAUGGUGGCCACGAGAAGUGGAGGCCAGUCGAGCAAGACACGAGGGUGAUAUCCUCGUGAGGAAGGGUCACCUAGGUCAAGCGCUCGACAGAUACAAUCUCGCGGUUCAUCUCG